UACUUUUUGAGGAAAUGAAUUCUUUUCGCUCUUUUGAAAAAAUAUAAACAAAUGUCAAAAUAAUUUUCAAGUUUUAACAGCUUAAAUAAGAUGAAUCUAGCAAGAACGUCUCGAUUUGUCGUAAAAUGUAGAUGUAUUAUUUUAAAUAAUUACAGGUCAACUGCUAACAUAUGUACAUCUACUGCUGUUCGAAAACAAGAGUCAGAAUUCGAAAUUGAGAAACCUUAUCCAUUUUUAUCAAAGAUGAAAGAAGGUGGAUUCAAAGUCGAAGAAUCUUUUCCAUUUGAACAAAAUUACUCUUGGAAGUAUCAACCACUUGUGAUUGGCGCAUGUUUUGCUAUAUUUCUCCUGUAUUUUUGUGUUUUACGAGAACCACAUGAUGUUGAUGAUGCUAUUGCUAAACAUUUGUAUGCUGCAUUUCCUGAUCUAGAGGUACAAGAUCUAAAAAGGGACAUUAUAUUGGCAAAGAAAAAAGGCAAAUAUACAAAGGAAAUGGAAGAAAGACUUAAUACCUUACAAAAAAAAUAAUUAAUUAACACAGAUAAAUUGUUGAGACUUUGUGUGUUUGUUUAACCUGAAUAUUUGGAUUAUUUAUGUGAUAGGUAUUGUUGAAUUGAGACAUGCAUUCAUUGAGGUUUCCAUGCUCUAGUCUUUCUAUGAAAUGAAGGUGACAGAAGAUCACUGACAUUGUUACUUGCUGUAAUUCUUUAAAGAAUUCUUAUUACAGUUGUUAAUUGUCUAUAUUUUACAGACUUAUAUAACAUUAUCUCAAUGAAUAAGCAUCACCUAGUUAAUCGAUAUUUAUAGAAAAUCAUGGACAUUUCUAAGAAGAUACUAGUUUUUGGAAGGAAAAAUAAUCGGUAUUAAAUUUUUGUAAUGCUGUGUGUGUGCUUUGUUGUGGAGGCGACAAGUAAUAAAUAAAGGAAAGUGAUGUGACAGUUAAUAGAGAAAUUUUGAAGUUUCACCAGUUAUAUAUUAUUAUCUUAAUAUAAUAGUAAUGUGUAUAUGAAAUUGUACUAGAUUAUUAUGUUUGUAAAAAUUGAGUUUGUAAAAAAAAAUCUCUGUAUUAAAUGACUGAGUAUGAAGAAAUAAAAACUUAUUUAUAU